CAAAAACAAAAACAAAAAAAAAAUCAGAAUAUUCGUAUAUUUUAAUUACGGUUGUCUCUUUCUAUUUCUUCUUCUGCGAUUCUUAAUCUUAUUAUUAAAGUCAUCGCCGUUUAAUUUUCAGCCGGAGAAAAGCUCCGAUCAUCGUCGGAAAUUUCCAAAACCGUGGUGAAAGAAGUUCAAUUGCGUCUUUGGUUCCUUUGUUUUUUUUUUUUGUUGGGACUUUUGGUUUUUAAAAUCUGUUUCGGAUUUUGUCCUAAUCCUCAUUAGUUUGGGUUUUGUCUCUGGUUAUAUAAGAACAUGGGACAACAAAAGAGAUGGUUGUUCUUGCUGGCAAUUUUUGCUUGUCUUCUUUCCUUUUCAUCUGGUAGUAGAGGUGUACUCAAGUUAAAGAGCGAUGAUGAUGAUCGACCUGUUUACAACCAUACGCUUGCCAUAACACUUGUCGAGUAUGCUUCUGCGGUCUAUGAGUCCGAUUUGACAAAACUCUUCAUGUGGACGUGUGAAAGAUGCAAUGGUUUUACAAAGGGUUUCGAAGUAAUAGAGAUAAUAUUUGACGUUGAGCACUGCUUACAGGCAUAUGUUGGGGUGGCUAAGAAUUUGAAUGCUAUCAUUAUUGCAUUUCGGGGAACUCAAGAACACAGCAUACAAAAUUGGGUCUCAGACUUAUUUUGGAAACAGCUCGAUCUGAACUACCCUGAUAUGCCAGAUGCAAUGGUACACCAUGGCUUUUACAGUGCUUAUCACAAUACAACUGUACGACCUGCAGUUUUGGAUGCAAUAAAACGAGCAAAGAAAUCCUAUGGAGCGAACAUUAACAUCAUAGUCACUGGUCAUUCAAUGGGAGGAGCCAUGGCCUCCUUUUGUGGGCUAGACCUAGUUGUAAAUGAAGGAGAAGAAAACGUACAGGUUAUGACAUUUGGGCAACCUCGUGUUGGGAAUGCCGCUUUUGCAUCUUAUUACAGUUUGCUUGUGCCUAAUACCUUCCGAAUCACGCAUGACCGUGAUAUGGUCCCUCAUCUGCCUCCUUAUUAUUUCCAUUUCCCCCAAAAAACAUACCACCAUUUCCCAACAGAGGUGUGGGUGAAAGAUUUCACUUUUUCAAAUUUUGUUCUUUUUGGUUUGGAAAAAGUUUGUGACAACACUGGUGAAGAUCCUACUUGCAGCAGAUCGGUGAGGGGAACUAGCAUUCAAGACCAUUUAAGGUACUUUGGGGUAGAGUUGAUGUGUGAAACUUGGAGACAAUGCAGCAUAGUAAUGAACCAUGAUAUGGACAAGUACAGCAAGAAAGAUUCAAAGGGUAAUAUAUUGCUGUCUCGGACAGUUCCUCCUCCUGCAUACGCCAUCAAAACAAGUAGUCUAUCAAAAACUGGAAUCUCUGGUCCAUAGGAGUUGGUUGAUUCAAGUCUUUGUACAAGAAAGCUUGCUGGUUCUUUGAUAUUUUUUUUGGUGGUCGUGAAGAAGGUGAACAAGUGGCUUUGUAAAUAAGUCCUACGUUGGUCCCAUGUACAGUAUGUAAAAUCUUAAUUUAGUUUAAAUUCAUUACGGAUUCAAUAUAAAUUCUUUGAAUUUAUACAUUUGUAUAGUCAAUUUAUCAAAUCAAAGUUCAGAUUCAGUAA